CUCCUCCUUCGAGCCACCGAGGAAACCUGAAUCUGAGCGACUUGGUCAGGCUUGAAGAGCUUUUUCCAUCUGCUUCAAUUCUUUCUCGGGGCGAAAUUGAAAUUCCCCGCGAGGCGAGAAGAACAGUGUGCUGCUCGAGAGAGGAGAAUUGCAGAAGGGAAGAUGCAGCCAGCACCGGCUACACCUGCCUCUCCGACACGGUCCUCCUGUUGCGAACGAGAUCGCGAGAGAGAAGCGCACGAAGACCGCGGAAGGGAGCGGAACAGCGUCGCAAGGCAAAGUCGCGCCACUGCCGAGGACGAUCACGAGGAGAGGAGCAACGAGAGGACGGUGAUCUCCGGGCAGAAUCUCGGUACCAUGACCGUCAGCGGGAAUCAGGCACUGCCUCUCUCCUUGUCCCUCGAGGACAGAGAUCUCUGGACGAAGUUCCAGUGCUUGACCAACGAAAUGAUCGUCACGAAGAACGGAAGACAGUAUAAUAGCUUGAACGUUGCUCGAAAUUUUCAUGAUAGAUGGAAAUACGUGAAUGGAGAAUGGGUGCCAGGCGGGAAAGCGGAGGUCGCCCCGCCAAAUCCAAUUUACAUCCAUCCCGAGAGUCCGAAUUUUGGUUCACACUGGAUGAAGGAGGCGGUGUCGUUCGCCAAAGUGAAGCUGACGAACAAAUCCAACGGGAACGGGCAAAUUAUGCUAAACUCCCUGCACAAAUACGAACCUCGAGUUCAUCUGGUACGCGUGGACGCGGUGGAAGAACGAACGGUAUUGACUUACCGUUAUCCCGAGACACAAUUCAUAGCGGUGACGGCCUACCAGAACGAAGAAGUUACAAAUUUGAAGAUUAAAUACAAUCCUUUCGCGAAGGCGUUCCUCGACGCUAAGGAGAGACCGGCCGAUCCGCAAACCUAUCCGCAAUGUGAGUUAAUCGGCUACGAAUUACACCAUAAGGAUAUCGAAUUAUGGAUUACAGACACGGGCGCUUGGUUUUUGCCACAGCCUACCAUGGGAUACGAAUAUAACACAGCUACGGCCAUUGCGGCCGCACAAAAUCAAGCGUCAGUGACGGUCAAUAAUCAUCUCUCUAAUUCUUGUACCGUUUCUACAGCUGGCCACAGGACUACUUGCAGAUCAACGCCUUACACUCUCAGACACAAAUACAUUCAAGAUGAACAACGCGCAGACCCGUACGGUUCGGUGCAACUGUUACAUUCCACGGCAUACGUAGCGGCGCCAGGCUGGUCGCCACGCAGCCCAGAAAGCCUGCAGAACUUAAAUCCAGCUUGUCUACCACCCACGCAGGAAUGGCCCACGUCCCCCUCGCCGUCGCCAACCUCGUCCUCGCACGCGGUGUUCAGCAGAGGAGUCGUUGGCACUGCGUCCCCAACCACAGCCACAGGAUGCACGUUGUACGUGCCGUCCUCAAACUUGUCCUCCUCGGUACCCCAAGAGCAUUGCACCGACACCUCGGCUUGGAUUCAUCCUGCAACAUUGUCGGAGCAACAGCAACAGCAGCAGCAACAGUCUUACUUGAAUCUGAACUUACAUUUGCAUCAUCAGAUGUCAUCUUACGCAUCGGUUCCUCACACAGGCUUGCACCAUUCUCUCCACUCGAACGGAACGGACGCUGUGCCACCGGCUGUCGACGAGUACGUUCACGAGUAUCAUCACGCCUCUCCCGUUCAAUCGACGACACCUGAUCGUCACUCGCAGCAGCAGCAGCAGCAGCAGCAGCAGCAGCAUCAUUCCCACAUGUUGCACAUGCAGCCGAUCCAACAACCUGGAACAGUGUCGCCCGUUAGCGUCGAGUACGACACACCUUCGAAGGAGCAUCACAUACCGGUCAGUUAUUCUGAGCAAAAUGCAGACACGUUGAACGACGUGCAGACGGAUGAGAACAGGAGAUAUCUGACAACGGUGAUUGACAGACAUCACCGACAAGACUCGGACAUUCCGAGCAACGAUCAUCAAGCGACCGGCUGGACCCCAUUGACACCACCGCCUGCACCGCAGACUACGGCGAUUUGA